GUAGCAUUACACCUGAGGACUUUCUAAUCUUGCAGUACUAUGGACAAGGCCCGUCUAAGGCUUGCUUCAGCAAAAGCUGUCCAGUGCUGGUCAAAAGUACUGGGAUAAAAAAAUACCAAUUGACGUCUUUUAUUUGACUUUAAGAUAUCACAUUCUAGAGCUUUUCUUUCAUGCAAAAGUUUGUUAGAAAUGUUUGUUUACUUGGCAUUGUAUUCCUGUUCUUAGUAUGAAGAUAAAAUGUGUGUAUUGUUCCAUUGCCUUUUGUUGUCUAAAAGCAGAUGAUGUUUGCUUAUCCAGAGAUUGUGAUAUCUUUCCCACUAGUGGCAGCUGACUUCGUCUUGGCACAUAGCUAGGGUGUCAACCCACAAGCUAGAAAGCUAUUCCUUAGCAAAGUACACCAAUAUAUAUAGGAAAGGCUUCUGGAUGCGAAGUAUGCUUGUGGCUUCUUAUUCAGCAUAACUGGAUCCCAUCCACUCAAGUUUAAAGAGCUAUUUGGCAUUAAAACCUUCAUGAAAAGCUUUUUACCAUUUAAAGAUGCUCAUCUGCACCCAUGGAUAGAAAACAUAUUGGAAAUCCUAAAGACCAUACUUUCUUUUGGAGAGAUUUCAAAGGAUACAAAAUCAAGGAUGUUUACCCACAAGCUAGGAAGCUAUUCCUCAGCAAAGUACUCCAAUAUAUAAAGGAAAGGCUUCUGGAUGCGAAGUAUGCUUGUGGCUUCUUAUUCAACAUAAUUGGAUCCCAUCCACUUGAGUUUAAAGCGAACAAGCAUCUCCUUCAGAAGCCGCAGAGGAGGAGGAACUGGAGGCCUCGAAAGACCCAAAAGAAUCAAACAGAGAAGAGAAAAUGGAUUCUUCCUAUAGAGGGGCGGUAAGAGAAUCGGAUGAUGAACCCCUUGUAAUCUCUCUUUGCCUUCUCAUCUUUGAACUAGAUUGCUUGGCAUCUAACUAGUCCUUUCCCCUUGAAUUUUGUUAUCUUGCCUCCAAUGUGGAGCAUGUGGAAGCUAUGAGGAGCAAAAAUAACAUAAAGCUUGGAGAUUGGCCUUCUCUUUAAAAACUCAAAUGUUGGAUUUGGCUUUGUUGCCAUUGUCCCAACCAUGGGCCAUCGAUCUGAGAUGCUGAAGGAAGAUGAAAGUUGUGGUACCUACAAUAUAUCUAUAUAUAUAUAUAUAUAUUGCUAAUAAACUACAGU